AUGAAGACAAAUACUGUUUUGGCGACUGUAUUGGCCCAGGCCGCGAGCGGACUAAGAGUUGAUUUCGGAAAUAAUGACUCGAAAAGUUACAGAUCACUAGACGAGCUCCAGAAGCAACGCGUCCGGGCCGCCUCUAGAAUCGCCACCGACCGCGAAUCGUUCAUCGCCAAUCUUCGCAAAAACAACUUUUUCGCCGUUCCCGAAUUCGAAAUCACAAAAAUCGUAGACUUGAAUGUCGACCUUCGCGAUGUGCGACCAAACGACAUUGAUGUUGAUUUUCUGAAAAUGAAUCGCGGCUUUGGUUUUUUGGAGAGUGACGAUCCUCAAAGCCGAAUGCUCUGCAAAACCAUCUGCGUCGAGUUCACCAAGUCCUAUCUCGCCCAACACUGGCACGAGGACAAAUGGUGGGGUCUCCACUUCAGCCAGCUCUGCAACGAGCUCCAUGUUUAUGAAGACGCGACGACGUUUAAAAUGUGUCUUGGGGAUGAAAACACUUCGGAUUUUCUCAACUGCGGGACGAACCUGAACACCAAUGCGACCCAUGCUGUUUUCUCCAACCACGUGACUCACUUCUUCCCCGAUCGAUCGAGCACAGCUGGAUUGGAAGUCGGUACUUUUGGAACGCAGAAGAUUUUUGAGUGGAAAUGCACCUACCCGCUUCAGAUGGUUCAUAGUUCCGAUGUUCUUUAUAACGAAAAGAUCGUCAUCGAUUCACUCGAUGCUUCUGGAAAGUUUGGAGUGGAUUUUGAAUUGUAUGCCGAUGAAAACUACACGGAUUUGAUCAAUCUUUCAAGCCCGACUUUGGAUACAGGAAAUUUUCUGAACAUGAAAGUCGUUCUCGAAGAACCAAUGAAUGGGACAAACCUUCAAGUUGUCUCUUGCUGGGCAACUCCUACUGAAGACAUCAACGAUAAGGAUGGUUUCGAGUUCUACGACGAUUUUUGCACAACUCCAAUCGGCUCACAAAUCGAAAUGACGAUCCGCGAAAAUGGACAAGAAUCCGAAGUUCUCUGGCAAUCCCGAGUUUUCAAAUUCACAAACUCUGAAAAUGUCUACAUGCACUGCAAAGUCAAUGUCUGCAUCGAAGACUUUGAUGGUAGCUGCGCUGUCGAAUGCGCAAAAUCUCGAUCUCCAAGAGAUGUUUCUUACGAUGGUCAAAAUGUUGUCUCCCUUGGUCCCAUUCGAUUCACUGGCUAUUCCAAAGCUGAGUACUUGAUAAUUGAUCCAGCGACAGGACUCGUUGGGGAACAAGGAGAAGAAGCAACUUUUGAUGCCGAGUUUAACUUUAUCAACCACUUUCUAAUCGCACUGAUAACGCUUAUCACAAUGGUCAUGCUCGUUGCAAUUUAUGGAGCGACAAGAAAAUGCCCAACAGAAGACUCGACUCUUGCAUAA